CCCAUCAAAUAGAUCUCAUCAAAAGAUGCUUCCACCUAAUUUAUCCCUUCCUUUAAUCACCUUCAUAUUCUGGUCAUGCUGGAUGCUUAACGGCGUCGUUUCGGACCCCCAGAUCAAUCUUCUAAGCCAAGGGUGCACCCCUUCGAACGCCUUUUUCGUCCUGUCCAACUUCUCCAUCUUCAGCGACAACGUCAACAAAACGUUUGGCGAGAUCAGAAAGAAGCUCGUCAAUAAUCAAAAAAAGCACUUCGCGACGGCGCCGCAAGGCAACGCAGAAAACCCAGUUUUCAGUCUUUUUCAAUGCAGAAUUACCUCUCCAUUCAUGACUGUGUUGCCUGCUUCGACGCCGCCGCCAAACAGAUCCGGAACUGCCCUGCCGGAGCACAAGGUGGCCGUGCCGUCUACGACGGCUGCUUCCUCAGGUUCAAGCAAGAAAGUGGACAUUAUUGGUGGAGUAGUUGGAAGUGUAGCUUGUUUUUUAGUCCUCUUUGUAUUAUUUGCCUGGAGGAUUAGACGACCAAACACUCCUAAGAAAUUUUCCAGAGAAGAGAUAUAUGGAGCAAGCAAGUUAGGCGGCCUAGUUACUUACAGUUAUAGGGAUUUAAAGUUUGCAACCAAUAAUUUUAGUGAAAAAAAUAAACUUGGACAAGGAGGCUUUGGUGUUGUAUACAAGGGUGCUCUUAAAAAUGGGAAAGUAGUUGCAAUCAACAAAUUAACUUUUCAACAAUUCACAAAGAUGGAGGAAGAUUUUGAAAGUGAAGUGAAGCUGAUAAGUAAUGUUCAUCAUCUAAAUCUUGUUCGACUUUUAGGAUGUUGCAAUGAAGGGCAGAACAAACUACUUGUUUAUGAAUACAUGAAAAACAACAGUCUUGACAAAUUCUUAUUUGAAAUCAUCAGUGGUCAACAAAGCAAAGAAUUAACCGUCAAUGAUGCUAAGGGUGAAUUUCUCCUCCAAAAAGCUUGGAAAUUAUACGAGAGAGGCAUGCACCUAGAGUUGGUGGAUAAUACCUUGGACCCUAAUGAGUAUGACACAGAAGAAGUGAUGAAAAUCAUAGAGAUUGGUUUGCUUUGCACUCAAGCAUCUACUGAAGGAAGACUAAUGAUGUCUGAAGUAGUUACUUUGCUCCAAUAUGAGGACUUUUUAGAGAAUAUGAAGCCCACUAUGCCUAUCUUGAUUGAAACUAAUUAAAGGUAUUGGGGAAUAUAAUACACUUCUACUUAUAAUGCUUCUACGUCCAAUGCUACUGCCUAGAUUGUUCAAUGGUGUCACCAACAAAGGGUCGAUUCAGAUAAGGAAGAAGGAACUGGACAACGGGAAGCAUGAGGAUUUUUUUAAGGAUAAAACGGGUGGUAUUGCAUGGUAACAACUAUUCAUAGCCCUGCACCUGUGAAUCCUUGUUACCAUUAUUUGAUAAUCAUCAUUAUCAUUCCCGGUGUCGAAUAUCAACCAAACACAUGCUUUUAUAGUUAUGAGAUAUAGAUUAUCAUUAAUUAUGCUAGUAGAGCUGCAAUGGGAUAUUGAAUCAAACGAGUCAUAAAAUGAAGAGAGUGAUGAGUGCAUAAUUGUGAAUUAUUCGUGUUGAUGAAUAGUUACUUCUUCACCAUAAAUUAUAAAAGUAUGUGUUUGUUAACCCCUAGGAUUUCAUAUCAUUUGAGCACAUUUUCCUUAGAUUUUGAUAUAUUUUGGCUCUAUUUAUAUAUUUUGCUUGUCUAAAUUAGGAAAAUGGGCAUCUUAUAUAGAGUUUGUACAUUUAGCUUUACUUUGUCACCUUUGAGCUAAAGUAGUGUUAUUUUGGUGUAAAGUUAGAAUGGAAGCAAUUUUGGACCUUCAAUGAUACUUUUGAGAGGCUUUUAAGUGAAGAAAUCAAGUGCAAAGAUGAUAAAUUUCAUUAAUUGGAAGAAGUGUGAAAAACUAGCUUAAGUCGUAACCAAAGUCUCGACUUUAUUUGUGACUUUCACCUCUGUCAGCAAAACAUACCAUUUUAUUUAUCUAAAAUAUUUGGGUAGGAUACAUAUAUG